AUGGGGGGAGGCAGCGUGGAGCGGCUCAGCGGAAAAGAUCCCGCGGGCAGCGGCGACGAAAACGAAGAAGACGGGAAUAAACCUAAACCAGGAAUCAAGCCUCCUCUCACAGAAGAAGUUAUAGCAUCAUUACUUGAAAAAGCAAAAUUUUACACAUCUCUCUGUCUAGGAACUACGGCCAUAGUAUCAAUGUUUGCUUUCCUUUUCCUCAUACCCUUCGUCGUAGAUCCAGCAAUUUCAACAAUAGUUGCAGACUACGAUCCAGAUCCUGUUACAUGUAUGGCAACAGAUCAUGUUUACGCAGAAGGAUUGCGCAAUUGCAGUUGGUCAUCUUGUAGAGAAGGUUGCACAAAUGCUGCAACGAGAUGUCAUCAAAUAUUAGUGAACUACAGUCGCACCAAAUGGACCAGUUUUGCGGGUGAUGUAGACAGCUUAAUUUGGGACGUUGGAGAUACAAGAUUUCUAGUAAACACUGAAGGCUGUGGAUACCCUCCUCGCGUGAAUUGUUCAGAAUUUGCCAAAGCAUAUGGCUAUGACAAACUCGGUAUACCAUUCCCAUGCUACUACAGUAGAACUUAUCCGGAAAUGGUCGUAGCUAGGUAUAGCUGGGAUGAUAACUUGCGUCAUCUCGUGCUAUCUCUUAUAAUACCAAAUGUGUUAUUCGCUGUAUCUAUCGGGGUCCUUAGCUACUGGUAUUGCGCCUGCUGCGAUCGUGCUUGCCAGCGCAGCACCAGGGUUUAUGCAGAGAAGUUUCCUCCAAAGGAAGAUAAACUAUUAUGCCGCAGUGACGACGAAGAUGAAUUCGAUGAAGAAUUUGAUUGA